AUGCACUGCGCCCGCAGGAUAUGGCCCCCGUCAUGCUCAAGGCUCGCUCGCUCAAAAUCCAGUACAGCUAGCUUGCUGAACUCGUGGAUUGGCCCGGAUAGUGCUACUCAGACCGCCUCCUCUUCUCAGACCGCUAACUUGACCUUCUCCCAAUGCCUACGCAAGUCGCACGAGGCCUUGGUGAGCCAGCAAGCGACCUCUAGCAACCUCAUUGAUUCUCUGAGGGCGACUAUACCGACCGGCAUACCGGCGAAGAAAAAGAAGAAGGCGAAGAAGGCAAAAGUUCCUGCGACGGACGGGGGAGAAUCAACGAAGUACAAUCCGACUUCAGAGCUGAAAGCAGAAAGCUGGAAGGAAGACUGGGGUCGCGACAAGCUGGCUCCCCUUCCCAUUGCUGCAAGAAAGUCGGAACCGGCGGUCCCUGCUGAAGAACGCGAAGCAGCGCCACACACGAGCAGUCAGACGUUGGUACCAUACUGGCGACGCGUGGAAGGGCUGCUCGCAGAUUCUAAAAUUGAAAACGCUCUUACAGAUUUGGAACCCAUUUCCGAACAACAACCUAUUGCUCGACUGUCCCAUGGCUUGGACCGUGUACUAUUCAACCCAGGCGUCCAUUGGCUCCAAGAUCCCCGCUCACACGUCUAUAAUUUCACACCUUGGCUCGAAAAGAUACCCAAAGUCAAUGAUUUCGCGUUCGAACGUUUGACAGGGUUUAUCAAAAGCUCCAAGGAUGAUGAUCUAUACACUCUCGCCAAGCGCGAGAACCGCACAUUCGCUGGGUCGACCUCAUCGCUAACGAAGAUCCUGAGCCAUAUAUACUUCCUAAUAUCGGGAGACAAACACGUCGAUACGAGCAAUCUAAGCGCUGCGUUUCAGAGCGAGGCGAAAUCCUUCACACCAGGCCAACGGAUGCCUGCGACCGUCAUCCUGAACUACAGGGACGGUGUGUAUGCGAUUGACUCCGACUCUGACUCGCCUGAGGCAACGGAUCGGAAUGUUUUGACCUGGAUGGGGACUCUCCUCGAGAAGUUCCUCACAACGUCACCGCAGGAAUUCAAGACCCACCUACGGUCUACCCCAUCCGACCCCGAGGUUAACCCCAAGCGCGAGGCAUAUCGUUACGCCAAAUCCAACAGCUUCGUUAUGCGCUCGCAGCUUGACUGUCAGGAUCCUCGAUUGCCUGGAACUGGGGUAUUUGACAUCAAGACCCGUGCAGCGCUCCCUAUACGGAUGGACGUGCUGAAUUACGAGGAGAAUUCGGGCUAUCUCAUCCGGACUUUGCAAGGCCCGUUGGAGAGCUUUGAGAGAGAAUACUACGACCUUAUACGCUCCGCGUUUCUCAAAUACAGCUUCCAAGCACGCAUCGGGAACAUGGACGGCGUUCUCGUGGCUUAUCACAACACUGCCCGUUUAUUCGGCUUCCAAUACGUCCCGCUCGAAGAAAUGGAUGAGCGGCUCUUCGGCUCGCCCGAAGUCGGCGAACGUGUCUUUCAGAAGUGCCUCGCAUUAUUGGAGAUUGUCGCCGACGAGGUUAUCAGGACAUACCCCAAACAGAGCUUGAAAUGUACGUUCGAAACCUUGGAGGGUAAAGGCAGGAUGGAUAUAUGGGUGCAGCCGUUGGAUGCGGAAGGGUCUGCUGAAUCCCAAAAGACAGCGCCUAUGAAGCAGAUACAGGUAACGGCGACGAAUUAUCUGGAUGAGUUACGCACCCGUGGUCCAAAAGCGGUGGAAGCUCCCAAAGACUCUGACUGGUCUAUAUACUGGACUAUCUCGACUCUCGCGGACAACCAGCCUGAUAUUCUCAAACGGUACCAGGCCGCGAAGGACAGACAAUACAGAGAUUUCUUGUUGCCGUCCGGCGCUACCCUGGAGAACAUUGAAGAGCUUUGGGACAAAUUGGAUUUCAGGAAAGCCACCGCCCCUUCGACAUUGGACUCAACUUCCCCCGCCGCGUCUCCUGAUGCAGUCGUUUCUACCACCAGCGAUUCCGUCCCUGAGCAAGAUGGCGGUGAGAAGCACUCGCCGACGAUUAAUCCGGACAAUUUCAGGAGCCCCGACAAGAGGAUUGAGUUCCUGCGGUCGGUUGCGAGGUCUGGGAGGGAGCACACGGAGGCGGUUGCAGAUCAGCGGAAGGGCAUGCCAAGGCUUGUGUGGGGAGAAGGCGAGCCUUGGGUUGAUGAACAUGGGGUGUUUGAUGAACCGGUGGAGAGCGAAUCAGAGCAGGCGGAGGUUGCGAUGUCGGAAGCUAUUCCUUCGACUGAUUCGACUGAAGUAGCCUCUGAGUCGUUGGAGGUGCUUCCGGAGGCGCUGUCGGAUGGGGUUGUUGGUGACGUCGCUCAGACGGCUGAUGCUGAUGCUGAUAUCUUGCAUGAUAUUUCCGCUGUCGACAAAGUAAACAUGAACGUGGAUGGUCAAGGCACCGCUGGACCACAAUCCCCGUUAGUCGAGCACACCAUAGGCGAGUCCCAGGAAGUGCAGCAGGAUGAAACCGGCAGUGCACCCGCAAAGGACGUCCGAGGCGUUCCAGGAAGCGAUACGCCUGCCACGUCUGGUUAG